UUGAUUUAGGCAGCAUCAACUUCCGGGUUCAACUUGUACAUGCGAAAAGUGACAGCAGUAACGAUCAGUUGGCAGAAAGCUGGUCUUAUUUCGUCUUGUUUAUAAUAACCUUGUUAGCUUUAGACUAUUCCCACACACAGUUCAUCUUUUAUCGGGUACUUUAAAGUCACUUAAGAUGGUGUUUUACUUCACAAGUGCCGUGGUGAACCCUCACUACACAAUCUACAUGGGAAAAGACAAAUAUGAGAAUGAGGAUCUAAUAAAGUAUGGAUGGCCUGAGGACAUCUGGUUUCAUGUGGACAAACUAUCCUCUGCUCACGUUUAUCUGAGACUUCCAAAGGGUCAUACAAUAGAUGAAAUCCCUCCAGAGGUGCUGAUAGACUGUGCACAGCUGGUGAAAAACAACAGCAUCCAAGGCUGCAAGAUGAACAACAUCAACGUUGUUUACACAGCGUGGGCCAACCUGAAGAAGACCGGAGAGAUGGACGUCGGACAGAUCGGUUUCUUCCGGCAGAAGGAGGUGAAGAUUGUGGCGGUGGAGAAGAAGGUGAACGAGAUCGUGAACCGUCUGGAGAAAACAAAAGAGGAACGCUUCCCCGACCUGGCGGCGGAGAAAGAGUCGAGAGACCGCGAGGAGAGGAACGAGAAGAAAGCUCAACUAGUGGAGCAAAAGAAGAAAGAGAAGGAUGAGCAGAAGAGGAAAAGAGAGAUGGAGGACCUCAGGAACUACACUUCACUGAUGAAGUCAGAGAAUAUGACGACGAAUGAGGACGGCAACGACUCAGACGACUUCAUGUAAGCGUUGAAAGCCGGGCAGCAAGCAGACCAGAAUCCUCCUCCAACCCCUCAGACCUGCCGUCAGGACGCCCCCCCCCCCUGCUAGUUUCGCUUGCUGCAACUCUGCACUGACUUUGAGGAAACACAAAGACGAUCCCUUUUUUGCUUUUGGACGGCAGAAAGCGAGCCGACGAGGGUAACGGCACUCGGACCUAUUCUUCGUGCUGAUUGGCUCGGACACUGCGUCACAGUCCAAACCAAGCUGGCUGGCCUCUUCGUGAAGGGAGGACGGCGGAGAGGGAACACAGGACGACAAGAAUGCUGAGGAUUCAUUUGAGAGGAAACUCUCAGAGAGUGAUCGAUUGGGUUUACACUUGAUGUUUGGGUGUUUUAAAAACCCUUCUGUUCCCUUCAUGUUUUUGUUUCUCUGCAUGUCAGAUUUUAUUCAAUAUAAUUCAAAUUAUGAAUUAAAACCACAUUUCAAGUUACUCAUCAUGACAAACCCUUUUUUUUUUGUUACUCAUACACAGUGUCAGAAGCUACAGAGGCCCUAAACGAGAGGAUUUGUGUUGAAUCAAAGGGGUUUAUAGUUUGUUGAAGCCCAAAAGUUGUGACGUUUUUUGGUUUAACAUACUCUCAAUAGCCCAAACAAUUAAUAUUCAACUAAAAACAAUGACAUAAUAAAGCCUGAAAAUGAAACUUAGACCUUUAAGAGUAUGUGGAAAGGGCACUCAAAGGAUAUUAACUCGUAUGUACUACAGUGUUUCAGUAUUUCCUUGAUGUUAAACUCCCACUUCUUUUAUUUUAGGCUUUAAAUGUGACUUUCAAACAUCUCUUGGGCUCAAUUGAAAGCUCUGUUUAAAGUCUGAAUACGUUCCAAACUGUUAUUUCCCUUUAGGAGGUGUGCUAGUUUUCAAAUUGUAGCAGCUACCUUUCUUCUUCAGGUGAUGGUGACACAAUCCCAGAAUAGUUGAGGUACAGCAUGUCCCAGUCUUUAUGUUGGUUGUUGGACGAUGUCUCCGCCUCUCUUCUUAAACUCUAAACUGUGGAGGUUGUAAGAAAGUGAGAAAAUGACUUAACAAGGUGCUUUGCAUGUAAAACACAAACUGUAACACAUGUUAACAUCUUAAAUGUUGGGGAGUUGACUUCUGUGAUUGAUUCUGUUCACGUCUUCUAACUGUCCUCUCCUGAUAUUAGUUGCAGCAUUUAAUCCUGACACUAAACAUGUUGAGAUUCAGUCAUUUGUGUUGAGCUGCUUUGAGGAUACAUGUUUCUCCUGAACAUCUGAAAUGUAGCUUUGUGUUCACGACGACAUGUUCUGCCACUUUGCAUUACAAAACUAAUCUUUCCUCAUUAUUUGUUUUUCAUAUAAAAAAAACUCUUUCCCAGAUUAAAAUUAAUCAUCUAAAUUGAUAAAUUUCAA